UGACCGUCGGCGUCCGCCAUUAUACGGUGCCGGAGAAAGAAGGAGGGAGGCCUAGGCUCUCGCGCGCCCUGUCGAGAAGGGCGGUUGGGCCUCUCUGCCCGUUGGUCCCUCCCCUUUUCCUCCCUUCGGCGCCACGGCGGCGGCGGCCUUCCCUUCCCCUCCGUCUCCCUCUUGCCGCUUUUGGGCCUCCCCGAAGCACGCCGCCCUGGCCGCGCCGCCGAGCGCUCUCCUUCCUCGAAACUGAGCUGGCGGCAGGCGGCGGGCCGGCAUGGAGGACAAGAGCUUUACCAAGGAGUUGGACCAAUGGAUCGAGCAGCUCAACGAGUGCAAGCAGCUGAGCGAGAGCCAAGUGCGGACCCUGUGCGAGAAGGCUAAAGAGAUACUAACAAAAGAAUCAAAUGUUCAGGAGGUUCGUUGCCCUGUCACAGUGUGUGGGGAUGUCCAUGGGCAAUUCCACGAUCUUAUGGAGCUUUUUAGAAUUGGUGGGAAAUCGCCAGAUACAAACUAUCUAUUCAUGGGAGAUUAUGUUGACAGAGGCUAUUACUCAGUGGAAACUGUGACACUUCUUGUGGCAUUAAAGGUGCGCUACCCAGAACGCAUUACAAUUCUAAGAGGCAACCAUGAAAGCAGACAAAUUACACAAGUAUAUGGCUUUUAUGAUGAAUGUCUGCGGAAAUAUGGAAAUGCCAAUGUUUGGAAAUAUUUCACAGAUUUGUUUGAUUAUCUUCCUCUUACAGCUCUAGUAGAUGGGCAGAUCUUCUGUCUCCAUGGAGGUCUUUCGCCUUCUAUAGAUACACUGGAUCAUAUUAGAGCACUUGAUCGUUUGCAGGAAGUUCCACAUGAGGGUCCAAUGUGUGAUCUGUUAUGGUCAGAUCCAGAUGAUCGUGGUGGUUGGGGGAUCUCUCCACGUGGUGCAGGCUACACAUUUGGUCAGGAUAUUUCUGAAACAUUUAACCAUGCCAAUGGACUUACAUUGGUGUCUCGGGCUCAUCAACUUGUAAUGGAGGGCUACAACUGGUGCCAUGAUCGAAAUGUAGUCACUAUUUUUAGCGCACCUAAUUACUGUUACCGUUGUGGAAAUCAGGCUGCUAUCAUGGAACUAGAUGACACUUUAAAAUAUUCCUUCCUUCAGUUUGAUCCAGCACCUCGCCGUGGAGAGCCUCAUGUUACUCGGCGUACCCCAGACUACUUCCUAUAAACAUCUCAGCCUGGCCUUCAGCAGUACUAGUAUACUUGGCUUUUUUUUAAAGCAACAAUUUAUUUGAUAAGUUGAGGUCUGUCUCAGCCUAAAAGCCUCUUUAUGGACCAAACUGUGCCAGAAUGAGGAUGAGCAGUUUUGAGCACAACGUAAGACUGACUUCACAAACUAAACCUUUUAUCAGUCAAUCCAACAGCCAGUUUGCCUGCUGUAACUGUAGUAACUGGACUGUUCAGAGAGAAGAGGUAACUAAUUUCUCCCUUUCUUGCUUAUAUGUACAUUUUAGUUGUAGUGUUCAACUGGCAUGUAUUAACAUUUUGAAGUUUAAUGAAAAUGUACAAACUAAUGUCCCUCUUAAGCCUAUUGCCCUCUAUUUUAUUGACAUAAGUAACUUAACUGGAGAAAAGAAAUCUCUUGGGAGUAUAUUGUCAUAAGCUUUCUUUCCAUUUAAACUAGGUUACUGUUCUGUGUUGAUCCCUUUUUUCUGUAUAUUUGUCAUGAAAGUGCUUGCAUCUUAUUGAUGUAUUUGAACAAAUAAAUCUGCAGAUCAUUAUUCCAAACAGAUGGAUAUGCUGAAAUGGAAUAAUUUAUCUGUUUGUGUUUCUCUUUA